CAAACAUCAUGUUGAAGUAAAAGGAACAAUCAGUGAUAAACGACAUAAAAUGAACUGGAAUGAAAGACCAAAGCCCCACGGAUGUAGUAAAUCUGAGAUAGUAGGAACGGCAGAUGCUGGAGAAUCUGAGAUAACAAGGUGUAGAGCUGGAUGAACACAUGCUUGACCUGCUCUGUUCAUCCAGCUGUACAAUUGAACCGUUAACGUCUGCGCGAGCGGGUGUCCGGGCUGCCCCGUGCCGGUACGCAUGCGCCUGUUUGGUAUCGGGAAUGGCGCUAACUUGGUGCAGGAGGGCGCCAUAGUGAUGGGAUACAUGCCAGCGACUCGGCCUGACUCCAGCUCGGUAUGAAAUCGGUGUUCAGCAGGACGAUGAGCAGCGCGGUAGGACGGCUGCUGCAGGCCCGCCAAAUCUUAUGUGUAGCUGAGAAAAAUGACGCGGCCAAAAGCAUCGCGGAGAUCAUGUCGGGCGGCCGCUUCCGAAGGAGAGAAGGACUUUCAAAAUUCAACAAGAUCUAUGAAUAUGAGUAUCAUCUGAACGGUAAGAAUGUUGGUAUAGUGAUGACCUCUGUCUCGGGUCACCUCCUUGAGUUGGAGUUCAAAUCACCUUUUCAGAAGUGGCGCAGCUGUAACCCUGUGACUCUCUUUGACGCUGAGGUGGAGAAGUACUGCCCAGAAAACUAUGUGGACAUUAAGAGAACUCUGGAACGAGAGGUGAGGAAAUGUCAGGCCUUGAUCCUUUGGACUGACUGUGAUCGCGAAGGGGAAAACAUUGGAUUUGAAAUUAUUAAUGUGUGUAAAACAGUGAAGCCGAAUCUACAAGUGCUGCGAGCUCGAUUUUCUGAGAUUACACCCCACGCUAUCAGACAAGCCUGUGAGAAUCUGGUAGAACCUGAUCAGAAAAUUAGUGAUGCUGUCGAUGUGAGGCAAGAGUUGGACCUGAGAAUAGGUGCCUCAUUCACCCGGUUCCAGACCUUACGACUACAGAAAAUAUUCCCGAAUGUGCUAUCAAAUCAACUGAUCAGCUAUGGAAGCUGUCAGUUUCCCACUCUGGGUUUCGUGGUUGAACGUUUCAAAGCAAUCCAGGCUUUUGUUCAAGAAACAUUCUAUAAAAUCAAAGUCACCCAUGAAACGGAAGAUGGCAAUGUAGAAUUUAACUGGAAAAGACAUCGUCUCUUCAACCACACAGCAUGCCUUGUACUUUACCAGAUCUGCAUGGAGGAUCCAGUUGCGACUGUACUUGAUGUCUUUACUAAACCAAAGAGCAAAUGGAGACCUUUAUCCCUUGACACAGUGGUCUAUUACCUUUCAUGUAUGGGGUACCCAAAUUGCAAGUCUGCAGUUUGGUUUCCUGAUUCUGUUCUGGAGGUCAGCAGAGAUGAUAGCAUAUGUCCCACAUGUAAACCACACCCUAUUUACAGGUUAAAGUUUAAGUUCAAACGAGGUAGUGUGCCUCCGCUGGUCCCCUUGGAAUUUGUUGGUUGUAUUGGAGGAUGUGAUGAAAUGCUGAGAGAGAUCUUGGAGCUGAGGUACUUACGAGGAGCAUCACAAUCAAACAAUCAAAUUGUCAACCAUGUGCCACAGAGUGGGUUAGAGAACAGGUCAUUUCGGGAUCGCAGGAACACUCUGCCAAAACCUCAGGAAGGUGCUUUUGAUCCACUGUCCAGGAUUGUUCCUUCACAUGUGGGAUCUGACAAUAAUGCAGUUGUGUGCAAUUGUGGCCAGGAUGCACUGCUGCUCACUGUUCGGAAGGAGGGACCGAAUCAGGGGCGGAGGUUUUAUAAAUGCAACGGAGGCAGUUGCAACUUCUUCCUGUGGGCUGACCAGGAUGCAAGUGACUCAGCUGGUAGAGAAUCAGUUAGUAGGGGCAGUUCAGCCCCUGGGACAGGGAGCUUUCAUCAAGCUGGAAGCAACAGAUCUUCAAGUGGAAGAGAAGCAGUGUGCACUUGCAAUCAACUAGCAGUAACACGCACAGUGCAGAAAGAUGGACCUAACAAGGGUCGGACAUUUCACACCUGCGCCAAGCCCAGAGACCAACAGUGUGGCUUCUUCCAGUGGGCUGAUGAGAAUGUUGCACCAGGAAUGACAAAUAAACGGAGUGAUGGAAGCUCCCCCAGAAAUGGUCCAACCGCAAAGAAGCCACGAACAUGUGGGCUGUGCCACCAACCGGGACAUACCAGGACAAAGUGUCCCCAAAACCGCUGAUUCUCCCCUAACACUGACGUUUGGCAAUGAACUGGAAAACACUGGUUACAGAGAAAGCUGCAGCUUCACAAGUCUCUAAUCUUUGCUACCAAAAUCAACUGAAACCAUGUAAACAGCUUUUAAUAUGCUGCCAACAUUCAAGUAGACUGUCAUCCUGGCUUCACUAAUACAGAACUUGCAAUGGUACCUGUCAAUAAGUUGCUGAAACACAGCCACACUGGUAACAUGGGUGAUGAAUUUGCAGUGUGAGAUGAUUGUUAACCUUGUGGUCCUCAUUUGUGCAUUGUUCUGAGUGCCUAGUUGAAGAAUCUGGAAACAGUAUUGGGCCCAUUGGAAACAGUAUGGGGCCCAUUACGAAAACUAGUCAUCAGAAGUUUCCUCCAUUUGAGAAUUUACUUCCUAAAAAUAAUAGUGCAUUUUAUAUUUUUGAGGAUGGGGGUGGGAUGUUUGAAGGGCAGUGAGUGAAAUGAGAUUGAAGGAGGGCAAAAAACUUCAUUCAAAUCUCCAUUUGUCCGAAUUUUAACAGGUGUUGCUGCUGAGGAGAUAAAGUUUCUAUUUCAGCUUCUCAUGUUGAAAUAGGUUAAUGUUUGUCAUGUUUCAGGGUUAUGUCAUUGUCAUUUUCAGUUCCAGUUCCAGUUCAAGAUUUUCAUAUCUUAUUUUGAAAUCAAUCACCAGGAAAUAUCAGCCAUAGAAUUAAAUAGCUUUAUUUCUGAAACAGCUUAGCUACUUUAGUACAUUGCUGUACUAGCUGCUGUGAGUUCCUUAUCACAUUAGAGGCAGCAUCCUUACUGAUCUUAAUGAAGUGCCAUGCAAAUAUGAAACUAACCUUCCAUAUUCCUUUGAUUUGUAGGGGGGGAAAGUGACUAAAAUUCCAGCUUCCUGGACUUCAGUUGUGCUUGAAGAGAGUAUUUCUGCUUUACAACAUUGGGAUUCAGUUCUUAUGGGUACAGGUUUCACAAUUGAGGAGAUUCAGAUUUAGUGGAUACUGGGGUAAAGAACUGGGGGACUUUGAAAAUAGAUGUGUCACUGUAUAAUACUGAAAUAUCUCUCUAGUGGGUACAGGUCUGUUACUGAAGACUGGGACAUAGUGCACAUAGCUAAGUGUUUUGUUGGAUAAUACUUGGCUACACUACUUGUGGGUGCAGGUUUGUUAGUGACAGCAUGUCAUACAGAAACAUGCUAUCAUGUUUUCCUCUCUGUUAAUGGAACGAUAAUACUUCCCUGGUUCUGCUUUGUGUUUAUUGGUUCUGCUUUGUGUUUAUUCUUAUUCUGUGUUUCUACAAUGCUCACUUGUGUUAGGUUUCUUCCCCUGUUUACACGUAGAUGUUUCCCUGCAGAAAUGGCCAUUAGAAGUUGUGACUGGCUGUUCAGGGUUUUGACUUGGGUCUUGAGCUCUCUGUGAUGAGCUGUGAAUAUUAACAUGUGACUGAAUUAUUAUCAUCAUGCUAGAACUGAGUAUUUUUUUUUGCAGCUGUCAUUUAAACACGAGACUUUUCCAAUGAAAAAGCAGGUAGCAGAUGACAUAGACGGAAGCAUAUAGAACCUCCUAGAAUAAUUUAAAAUAUUGAAAAUUUGUUAUUUCAAUACUCAACUGCUGUUGACUCUGGUAUUAUUUUUUAAAUUCUAAUAUUAUAAACGAAGUUUCUUUUCCAAAGAAGUUAGUUUGUUUUCUUGACAUUUGAUGUGAAAGUGUGAUGUCCUGAGGAUGUUACUGGUAAACUGUCUCUUACAUAUUUAAUACAUGGAUUCCCUUCCAGAGUAGAACAUUUUGCUAAGGAAAUGAAGCAAAUUUGUAAUUCAUUGUCAUAGCAUUAGCUCUCCCAACUUUCAAAGAAGAAUGGAUAAGACCAUUUGCCUCCUUGAACCUGUAUUGCCUUUUGAUGAAAUUGUGUUUAAUCUCUAAAUUAACAAUUUACUCAUCUUCUAUAUUAACAGUUUCAACAGGAAAAUGGACCUUUAGCCCAUUUAGCCUACUAUCUAUAGCAUUCCCUUUGUGCAUUUCUAGUAACAAUGGAUCCCAUUAUCUCUAUUAAACUUUACAGCAAUAUAAGUUUCCAAAGGCAGAUCUGUGCUUCCUGUGACAACACAGUAUGGAGCUGGAGGAACACAGCAGGCCAGACAGCAUUAGAGGAGCAGGAAAGUUCACAUUUCGGGUCAGGACCCUUCUUCAUUUCUGCAGCAUCUGCAGUUCUUGCUAUCUGUGUGCUUCCUGUAAUCUAACCCAUGUGUUUAUUGGGCAGUUGUAGUGCACCUCAGAAUCAACAAUGAUGCUUUUGUGUUUUUGUUUCACAGUAGAUGCUGCACAGACUGUCCACUGCAUAGUUCCCUCCAAACCUCACUCAGACUGACACCUUUAUUAGUAUAUAGGCAUUUUUAAUCAUAUUGGAACAAAAGUAGUAUGAAGAAUAAUUGGCAAAGCAGCAUUCCACGAGUACGUUAGCUUGAGUUGUUUUAAAAUAGUGUCCAAGGUUUUGAUUCUUUUCAGAGUCCUCUUUUACAGUAGUGAGGUUAAUUUGAUUUUGGAGCUGACCAAAUCACAACAGAUAAGCAUCUUGUAGCAAUUGGAAUACUUCUGUGAUAUUAAAUAACACUCAGCCUUUAUUUCUUACAAUAAGUAGAAAUCAAACCUUUUUUGAUCAUUUGCUUAUAAUUACAUUAUUAAGAUUCAACAUGAUUGCAACAGAUUUACCAUAUUUGGUGUUUGGUCUUUGCUAAUUUAUUACAGAUCUGCCAUGACCAAACUGAGUGAUGGGGUUCAAUGGGGCUGAGUCUCUCCUGGUGUUCCCAUGAUUUUGUCCAAGCAAACACAAACCUGUUAUGGUCAAUUUUCUUUCUUUUGACAUCCUAAUUGUAAGUCUUAUGUGGUACUGUGACUGAGUGGUAUGUCUGGCAAACUUUGGAUAUUGUGUCCUAUUCUUGCAUACUGUUAACUGAAUAUGUGAUGACUAGUGUUCACUUGUUCUGUUAUUGGAAGAAUAGAGAUUUAAUUCUAGUUUAAGACCUUCCCUGUUAGUAUGUGUUCUGUUCACAAUUAUAGGCCAAAACUGGAGAAUUUGUGUGAGAGUAGGCCAGGUGCACUGUUAGAGGGGACUGUCCAUGACCCAAUUCUGGAUUAUCUGUUUGUGCUAAGGUUGGUCAGUUAACUGGACUCCUCAUUGGGUCUUGUCCUAUGAUAUGACUAAAGAGGAGGAGGAGAUGCAGGAUCCUGGGAACACAAUCUUCACAGACAUAAAUCACCAUUUCUUGAUUGCUGCUGGGUCACUUUUUCUUGCUAAAUACCACACUGCGAGCAUACAUUACUCCAAGGACUGUAGUGGGUCAAAGAGAAGACCCACUGCUAUCUUAGGCCAAAUUAGAUUUAGUAAUAAAUGCCAAUGUUGUUUGUUACUUCUCAACAUUCUGAAAACAAAGUUAAAAUAUUUUGCACAAAGACCAAAAACUACUCUUAAUUACAAUUACAGUUUAUUGUUGAAUGAUAUUAGUUGUGCACUUAAAUUGUGGCUGCUAAUCAAAGUACUAGUCAAUCGUAAUUGUCAAUUAUGAUGACGAUAGUUUGCCAGGUGUCGAUGAAAAACAAAUUUAAUAAAAGUAUCCCUUCAUUAAAGGAAA